AUGCGUUACUCGCUCGCUGCCGUCGCCCUUGCGACGCUCGCCUCGGCCAGCCCAGUUGCCCAGGCCCCAGCUCAGGCCGCCGCCUCCAGCUGCUCUCCAAGCUACAGUGGUUCCUUUAACAUCCAGGCCGUCAACGUCACCACCUCCUCCAAGCGUUCCCUCGCGAAGAGACAAUCCCAGGCCUUGACCCUCAGUCUCCAGGAUGGUGUCCUCAAGGACUCCCAGAACCGCAUUGGUUACAUUGCCGCCAACAACCAGUUUCAGUUUGACAACCCAGUGCAGACUGGCACGAUCUACGACAAGGGCUGGGCGGUCUGCAGCAACGGCACCUUGGUCCUCGGCCCAGAUGCUGUUUUCCAGCAGUGCUUGAGCGGUGGUUUCUUCAACCUUUACGACGAGAACAGCGCUGCUCAGUGCAGCCCGGUCUACCUCCAGGUCAUCAACGGUGGUGGUGCAGCGACCGCCACUGAGGAGGCCGAUGGACAGGUUACCGCUUCCGGUGUCCAGUCUCAGCAGGCUGAUGGUCAAGUUACCGGUUCGCCAGUGACUCAAAUCUCUGAUGGUCAACCUCAAGGCCCAACUGGUGUGGUCUCGCAAAUUGGAGACGGUCAGCCCCAGGCACCUACUGGAAACCCCGUCUCUCAGAUUGGCGAUGGACAACCGCAAAUCGCGACUGGGUCUCCCGUUGGUCAGAUUACGGAUGGUCAAGUUCAAGCAUCCACUGGUGUUGUUUCGCAGAUCACCGACGGUCAACCACAAGUUGCAACUGGGUCUCCAGUGGCUCAGAUCUCUGACGGGCAGCCUCAAAUUACUACCGGCGUCGUGUCACAGAUCAGCGACGGGCAACCUCAGGCCCCUACCGGCGUCGUUUCGCAGAUUUCUGAUGGCCAACCACAAGCGCCGACCGGUGCUCCAAUCCAGCAGAUCUCCGAUGGCCAGCCACAAGCCCCCACUGGUGCUCCCAUCACCCAGAUCGCCGACGGACAGCCUCAAGCGCCCACCGGUGCCCCAAUCACCCAAAUCAGCGAUGGGCAAAUCCAGGCACCAACUGGCUCUCCCAUCACUCAGAUCUCUGAUGGCCAGGUGCAGGCGCCGACUGGUGCUCCAAUCACCCAGAUUAGCGAUGGACAAGUGCAGGCGCCGACUGGCUCCCCAGUUGCUCAGAUCAGUGACGGGCAAAUUCAAGUCCCGACUGGCAGCAACGCCACGGUUUCCGCCCCAUCUGCCUCUGUGCAGCCAUACACUGGUGCCGCCGCAUCGUCCGUCGUCCGCAGCGAGCUCUUCGGCCUUGCCGCCGGUGUCCUCGCCGUCGCCCUCCUCUAA